GACCUCUCCUAUGAACACUAUCCUCACUCUUCCUGUUUCCAGCCUCGUGUCAGAGCUACUACUGACCAUAAUUGCAGCAGAAACAAGAAGGAAAUGAGCUGGCUCCGUGCUCACUUCAGAGACAGAGGUUUUCGCAGAGGACCCUCUUCUGAGACAGAAGCAAUGAAAAGGCAGAGCUCUGCUCAGGAGCAUGAGGUUAUUGAAUUACAGGAACAUAAGGUGGAGGAAAGUGAGACUGAUCAUGACAAGCCCCUAAAUGCUCAAACGAGAAAGGAGAGAGAUCCCUGCAAAUCAUGCAAGAAUGUAGUUUUCUGGAAGUGUAAACUAUGGAUGGUUAUAUGUACGAUAUUUCUAGUGAUCUUCCUGGUCAUUCUCAUCAGCCUAAUUCUUUAUUCUAAUGUUUACACAGAUGAGGAUGACUACUGGGAUCCUGAUGAAUUACUAAGCAAUGGAAAUUUCCACAAUUUUUCAGGAACUUUGGAGUUAAUGUGUGGUCUCUCACACUUCUCCUCUGAGGACAUUACUAAGAGGCUAACAGAGGUCUACAACUCAUCUCCAGCUUUAGGACGUUACUUUAGGUCAGCUCAGGUGAUUUCUUUCAGUAAUGAAAGCUCCACUGUAAUUUAUCAGCUAGUGUUUUCUGUACCACCAUCAACAGAGGGAUUUAUGGAAAACAGUAUGAACCCAGAUUUUAUAAGGAACAUUUUACGCCAAAAUAUUUAUGAUGAAGAUACUCUUAAUCCUGGGACAUCUGAAUGUGACAGGUUAAAGCUCAACCCGACUUCUCUCACAUAAAAAAUAUGGAAAGAUUCCUCAUCUUCAUCACCACCUAGAAGAGAUGCGAUUCCCUAUCUAUAAGUAAUCCCAGGGCAGGGAACUAUUCAUUAGGUAGAAACACU